GCGUCCAGUGGCGGAGCGGGCGUUCCACUCCACUCCACUCUCCUCCGGCCCCGGCGCCCGCGGCAACCACACCCGCGACUCACUCCACCUGCCCCCUCCAUGCGCGACUGACCCCCCUCCCUCUCGGACCCGAUGCCUCUCAUGGCCGUCUCCUCCCCCCACCACCCUUCUCCUUCCUCCGCGCGCCACCCCCGCCGCGCCACCGCCGGGGCCACAGCAGCGCCCUCCGCCACCGCCAGCGACGACUUCGACUACCCCCUCGCCGACCCCUCCGUCCGCUGGCCCAGCCUCCGCUUCCCGCACCUCCCCGCGCCCCGCUUCCCCGCCGCCGACGCCGCCCCUCCUCCUCCUCCCGCCCCGGCGAGGCCGGGGCCCGCGGAGGACGACUCGUCCGCGCCCUCCGCCUCCGGCCCCUCGGUCGCCGCCGUCGCCGUCGAGCCGCUGGACGCACGGGCCCACCGCGGGAGGCUGAAGAAGCUGAGCAAGCUCGCGCUGCGCCGGGCGCGGGACUGGCGGGAGCGCGUGUCCGACCUCGCGGGCCGCCUCCUGGCGCUGCCCCCCGGCGCGCCCGUCGCGGAGGUGCUCGACGACGCGUGGGUGUCCCCCGACGAGCUCGCCUACGUGGUGCGCGCCGUGGGCGCGGCCUCCUGGCGGCGCGCGCUCGACGCCUUCGAGUGGCUCGCGGCGAGCGGCGACGGGGCCCCGGGCCCCCGCGUCGUCGCCGUCGUUCUCGGGGUCCUCGGCCGCGCACGCCAGGACGGGCUCGCGGAGGAGCUCUUCCUCCGCUUCGCCGGGGAGGGCGCCACCGUGCAGGUGUUCAACGCCAUGAUGGGCGUGUACGCCCGCUCCGGCCGCUUCGACGACGUUCGGCAGCUGCUUGACGCAAUGCGCGGCCAGGGGAUCGAGCCCGACCUGGUCAGCUUUAACACUCUGAUCAAUGCCAGCGCCAAGUCCGGGUGCUUAGCCCCCGGCGCCGCCUUCGAUCUCCUGCACGAAGUCCGGCAAGCUGGGCUCAGGCCGGACGUUAUCACUUACAACACCCUGAUCAGCGCUUGCUCGCAAGGUUCCAUUCUGGACGAUGCAGUGGCAGUGUUCAAAGAGAUGAUUGAUUCGGAGUGUCGGCCGGAUUUGUGGACGUACAAUGCCAUGGUGUCAGUUCAUGGCCGGUGUGGGACGGCCCGGGAGGCUGAGCAGAUGUUCAUGGAGCUGCUAGACAAGGGUUUCAAGCCGGAUGCAGUUACCUAUAAUUCUCUCCUUCAUGCUUUUGCGAAGGAAGGAGACGUCGACGCGGUGGAGCGUGUGUGCGAGGAGUUGGUUAAGGCUGGGUUCAGGAAGGAUGGAAUCACUUACAAUACCAUGAUUCAUAUGUAUGGGAAGAUGGGCAGGCUUGACCUGGCACUUGGUCUCUAUGAUGAGAUGAGAGCUAUAGGUUGCACUCCAGAUGCUGUGACUUACACUGUCUUGAUUGAUUCUCUGGGGAAGGUGGAUAGGAUAUCUGAUGCAGGGAAGGUGCUGGAGGAGAUGGUAGAUGCAGGAUUAAAGCCAACCCUGGUAACUUUCAGUGCUUUGAUAUGUGCAUAUGCCAAAGGCGGUAGGCGGGACGAGGCAGAGCAGACAUUUGAUCGCAUGGUUGCGUCAGGUGUCAAACCCGAUCGUUUAGCCUAUUUGGUUAUGCUGGACAUUAUCGCAAGGUCUGGUGAGACGAAAAAGCUGAUGGUUCUGUAUCGGACAAUGAUGAAGGAUGGUUAUGUACCAGAUGACACCUUGUAUCAGGUUAUGCUUGCUGCACUUGCAAAAGGAAAUGAACAUGAGGAGAUUGAAGGAGUUAUGCAAGACAUGGAGGUUGUUUGUCAGAUGGAUCGGCAACUGGUAUAUAGUAUACUCAUCAAGGCGGGUUGCAUUUUUCAGGGUGCUAAGCUGUUAAAGAAGGCAUGCCUACAAGGACACGAGCCUGACAGUAAGAGUUUACUGUCCAUUCUGGAUGCUUAUGAAACAAUGGGAAAGCAUGAAGAAGGCCUCUCUUUGCUUCAAUGCAUCCGGGAGAAUGUCCCCAGCUCCCGUAACUUGAUAUCUGAAUGUUCCAUCAUGCUUAUGUGCAAAAACCAGAAGAUUGCUGCUGCCCUUCAACAGUACAGCAGUAUGCAGACAUUAAAAUGUGGAUCUUUUGGUCAUGAUCGUAACUUGUAUGAGUGCUUGAUUACAUGCCUUGCGGAGGCUGAAUUCUUGCCAGAAGCUUCUCAGGUGUUCUGCGACAUGCAGUUUAUUGGCAUAGAGCCUUCCCAGAAGAUAUAUGAGAGUAUGAUCUCUACAUAUUGUAAAUUGGGCUUCCCAGAAACAGCUCACCAAUUGAUGGAUGAAGCUGUACAGCCUGGUGUUUGGCUAAAUACUCUUUCAUCUAGAGUAACCAUAAUCGAAGCAUAUGGGAAGACAAAACUCUGGCAGCAUGCGGAAAAUUUCGUGAAAGGACUGAAUCAAGAGGCAGGUGUUGACAGGCGAAUCUGGAAUGCAUUGAUACAUGCCUAUGCCGAAAGUGGCCUUUAUGAGCAAGCAAGGGCAGUCUUUGACAUUAUGAUUAAAAAGGGCCCUCUACCAACUGUUGAUUCAAUUAAUGGAAUGAUGAGAGCAUUGAUUACUGAUGGCAGACUAGAUGAGUUGUUUGUGGUUGUUCAGGAGCUUCAAGAUAUGGGUUUCAAGAUCAGCAAAAGCACAGUAAUCCUUAUGCUUGAAGCUUUUGCAAAAGCUGGGGAUGUUUUCGAGGUAAUGAAAAUAUAUAAUGGAAUGAAGGAAGCAGGAUACCUGCCAAACAUGCACAUCUACAGAAGUAUGAUUUCCCUGCUCUGCCGUAAUAAACGAUUCAGGGAUGUUGAAUUGAUGGUUGCGGAGAUGGAGGCAGCAGGAUUCAAGCCAGAUCUAGUCAUACUUAACACCCUUCUUUUGAUGUAUACUGGGAACGGAGACUUUGAUAAGACAGUAGAAGUAUACCAUAGUAUUUUGGAAGCUGGCUUAGAGCCUGAUGAAGAUACGUAUAAUACACUGAUAGUCAUGUACAGUAGAAACUUGAGGCCUGAAGAAGGUUUUACUCUCUUGAAUGAGAUGGGUAAACGAGGUUUGACACCCAGGUUAGAAUCCUAUAAAAGCUUGCUUGUAGCAUCUGGAAAAGCAAAACUAUGGGAGCAAGGUGAACAGCUUUUCGAGGAAAUAAGGUCAAAGGGUUAUCGGUUAAAUCGAUCUUUAUAUCACGUAAUGAUGAAAAUGUACAGGGACACCUGCAACCAUUCCAAAGCCGAGCAGCUACUAGCAGCAAUGAAAGAAGACGGCAUCGAACCAACAAUUGCCACUAUGCACAUCCUCAUGACUUCUUAUGGGACUGCAGGGCACCCAGUGGAAGCUGAGAAAGUGCUGAACAGCUUGAAAUCUUCCAGUUUGGAAGUCAGCAGUUUACCAUACAGUACUGUUUUUGACGCCUACUUGAAAAAUGGUGACUACAGUCUUGGAAUCACAAAGUUGUUGGAAAUGAAAAGAGAUGGUAUAAAACCAGAUCAUCAAGUUUGGACAUGUUUCAUAAGGGCCGCUAGUUUGUGCGAGCGAACUGAUGAUGCCAUUCUUCUCCUAAACUCUUUACAAGAUUGUGGAUUUGGCCUUCCUAUUAGGCUCCUGACUGAGAGGACUCCAUCCCUGUUAACUGAGGUUGACAGUUUUCUAGAAGAACUCGAGGCACUAGAAGAUUCUGCUGCUCUGAACUUUGUAAAUGCACUAGAAGACCUGCUGUGGGCAUUUGAACGUCGAGCAACUGCUUCAUACAUUUUCCAGUUGGCAGUAAAUAGAAGCAUAUACCGUCACAGUAUCUUUCGGGUGAUAGAAAAGGACUGGGGAGCUGACUUCCGGAAGCUGUCUGCUGGCGCUGCACUUGUCGCUCUAACAUUAUGGCUUGAUCAAAUGCAAGAUGCUUCACUACAGGGUUCACCAGAAUCCCCCAAAUCUAUUGUACUGGUCACAGGGGAGGGGGAAUAUAACAUGGUAUCCUUGCGUAAGACGAUCAGAGCGUACCUUUUGGAAAUGGGGUCCCCUUUCUUGCCAUGUAGAGCUCGAACAGGUCGCUUUGUGGCGAAGUUUUACUCUCUUAAGAUGUGGCUGAAAGAUUCUCCUUUCUGCAUGGAUCUUGAGUUGAAAGACGCCCCAGCUCUUCCUAAAAUGAACUCAAUGAAGCUCACUGAAGGGUACUUCAUGAGAGCUGGUCUUGUAUCAACAUUUAAAGAUAUACACGAGCAACUUGGGGAAGUACGGCCAAAGAAAUUCUCCAGAUUAGCUAUGUUGUCAGAAGAAAGCAGGGCCAAAUUUAUUAAAGCUGAUAUAAAAGGAAGGAAAGACAAACUGGAGAGAAUUAAAGAGAAGGGGCUUGUCAUACCAAGAAAAUCUAAAAGAGGACCACGGAGAGCAAAAUUUGUUAGAGAACAAAGCACGCAGGAGGUUUUGAAGUAGUGUUUGUUUUGCUUCAUGACGACAUUUUCUCAAGUGGCACUGUGGUGUUAACAUGAAUAUUCUUAAUGGGAGAGGAUGAAAAGGGAAUGGUGACAAUACUGUGAUGCUGAUCGGUCAAGUUACGAGUGUGAUCGAACAAAAGAUGGGAUGCAUUUGCUUCCUGGUUAAUUUGUCACAGCCUAUCAAGUUCAUACUGGUAAAUGGUUUACCAUCUCUUCUGUCAUUUUUAACCUACAAGUUUACCAUUUUAUACAGUACUUCUCUUUGCAGAGAUGACCAAGUGAUGAAGAUAGCAUGUUCCACUCAACAUGACAUCAUCAUGGGCCAUUAUAUAUAUACUACAAAAAAAACAGUGCCUUAUUCAUGUCAUAUAAGCUUUCCAACUAUUUAAGGUGGUCAUACUGAAUCUAAAGAUGGAAUUUUAUUUUAUGCGUUGACCCAAACUGGUAGAAAAAGGGCUGGUGAAAUGAUAAGUGAGGGAGGAAAAACUGUACAACACGUUUACAAGACCAGAUUAGUCAGAGAAAGGAACUGAAUUUUUGGUUCAGCCUUGAUCCUCCAAAUAGCAACCAUUAGAUGCUGGCAGCCAUGAGAUGGUGUCUCUGUUAUCAUUCAAAAUAAGCUCAUUAGUGGCCCUCCAUGGACUGAGAAACUGAUCCAGUUCCAAAUCGGGGGUAAUCAUCUUCAGUCCCCGCAUCCAUCUGCCAUCCUGCAUCGCUUCAGCAACAGUUAGGUUUUUCCUUGAGGCAAGCCUGAAAAGGGAUGGGGCAAUAUCCUUUGGAGCACUCCUCUACAUCCAUCUAUCAUGGCAGAAAUGACAAGUUUCAACCUGACUAUUAUAACUUCACUGUUAUGACCCUUCCACAGUCUAUAUGAAAAUGCUUCUCAUGUAAGGAUGAUCUGUACUUUACAAGGGCAAAUAACUACAAGAGUUUCUACCUGGCGUCCUCCUCCUCUAGGGGUUUAUGCAGUCAAUGUGGAUUCAGCUUUUAAUCCCAAUACGAAACAAGGCUCAUCUGACAUUGUAAUUAGUGACACCACAGGUGGUUUUGUUGCUGCAAGAAGUUUCCAAAUUGACAAUGCAGCUGAUGUUUUAAUGGCUGAAGCAAUGACAACUAGAGAUGGGUUAUGGUUCGCUCAACAUAUGGGCCUGAAUAGGAUUGUUAUUCGGUCAGAUAAUGAGGCGGCAGUUCAGACUAUGAAUGAAGGAGGGUUUUCUGCAACAGCUAGCUCGGCCAUUUUCUAUGAGGGCGGGUAUUUUUGAUGAAGUGAAGUUUGUCCAUUGUCCAAUGGAAGCCAAUAUGAGGGCGCAUGAGGUAGAGAGGUCUGUGUCUUUAAUUUCUGAAGCUUGUACUUGGGUCGAUGAACCCCCUAGUUUUCUCUUGCCCUGGCUCCUAUCUCAUGUAUCUUUGAUUCACAAUCAAUAAAAUGCGCCAGAUGGCUUCCCUCAAAAA